UCAAAUCGUCUUUUAUUUUCCACUCCGGAGUAAAUUCGGGUAUUCAUUAUCACAUAAAAUUCGGGUAUCAUUACACAUAAAAUAAAAAAAUUAAAGCCAGGCAUGGUGGUACGCUCCUGUAAUCCCAGCAUUUGGAAGGCUGAGUCAGGAGAAUUGCCCUAAAUUUGAGGCCAAUCUAAAUCUACCUGGUGAAUUGCAGGCCAGCUAGACCUACAUCACAAAAUCUCGUGUCUAAAUAAAUAAAUACAGUUGCCAUGAAUGUGGUGUGGGUAACCUGGCAAGCACAUCUCUGAGUCUGAGGCCAGCCUGAUCUAUGUAGUGAGCUCCAAGCCAGAGAGGGCCAACAAAAAUAAACAAAAAACACGAACAAGAACAACAAAAAAAUUCACAAACAAAACUCAAUAACUCCUGGUGGGGGUGGGGUGGGGGGUAUUAGAGCAUGGUUUGCCCUUUGUUAAUUAAAAAGUGAGUCUGACAGUCCUUGGCCAGCUCACUGCAGAAACUGCUAUGAAAAUCCCCGAAGGGCUGGGUUGCUGUCCAAGCCAUGGAACUCUAUUCCCCUGUGCGAGCUCAAGCGUGCGGGCUUCGAUGGCUGCAAGUCUCUGGAGGUCUUUGCGGCUCCUUGCAGACAUCUAGGUCCCGAGGGUCUGUGUCCUCCUAAGUACAGCACGGUGUAGGGCCGGCCGCCUCAGGCUCGCCGCCACCAGGUCGUGGCAAAAAUCUUUUCCCUUCUCAGGGCCCCAGAAGCCAGGCCGCCUCCCUCCUCCCUCCCUCCUGGCGGGGCCCUUUCCCAGCCCGGGAUCAGCAGCAGCCGCGGCAGCGACGGCAGGAAGCGAAGCCCUUGUUGAUGCUGUUCUGUGGCGCGCCUGUCCGCCCUCCGUCGGCCACCAGGCUCUUCCGGGCUCCCGGACCUCCCCCCUCCGCGCGUGCGCAGUGCCUCACGAGGGGGCGGGGCUCAGAUUCCUGUCAGCGGCGGCGGCGGUGGCGGCGGCCGUCAGUGUUCGCUGAGGAGAAGCCCGAAACGGACCCGUUGGCUCUCCCUCUCCCCUUCCCCGUCCGAACCUUCUUCUCUCUGGACUCACCGAGAGUCAGUUUUCCACUCCACAGAGCUGUUCUCCACUCCGAAGCCCUUCUCGUCGCUCGGCCGGGUGGGAAGUGACUGCCCUCGAGGAGGAGGAGGAGGCAGCGGCUGCCGCCCUCGUCUCACCGCCCCCGGUUCGGUGCCCGCGGAUCCCGGAGAGGAGGUGCCGCCGCCACCGCCGCUCCCCCCCUCCCGCUGCCCUCGGGCCGGGCUGGGUCGAGCUGCGAUGCCCUCGGACUUCAUCUCAUUGCUCAGCGCGGACCUAGACCUGGAAUCGCCCAAGUCCCUGUACUCGCGAGAUUCUCUGAAGUUACACCCAUCACAGAAUUUUCAUAGAGCUGGACUAUUGGAAGAAUCUGUCUAUGAUCUUCUCCCAAAGGAGUUACAGUUACCUCCACCUAGAGAAACAUCUGCAGCAUCAAUGAGUCAGACAAGCGGUGGCGAGGCAGGCUCGCCUCCUCCAGCUGUAGUUGCUGCCGAUGCUUCUUCAGCUCCCUCCUCCUCCAUGGGCGGUGCUUGCAGCUCCUUUACCACCUCUUCCAGCCCUACCAUUUAUUCUACCUCAGUCACCGACAGCAAGGCUAUGCAAGUGGAGAGCUGCUCCUCAGCCGUGGGGGUAAGUAACAGAGGGGUAAGUGAAAAGCAGUUAACCGGUAACACAGUUCAGCAGCAUCCAUCAACCCCGAAGAGGCACACAGUUUUGUACAUCUCACCACCACCUGAGGACUUGCUGGAUAACAGUCGGAUGUCCUGCCAGGAUGAGGGGUGUGGAUUGGAAUCUGAGCAGAGCUGCAGUAUGUGGAUGGAGGAUUCCCCCUCCAACUUCAGUAACAUGAGCACCAGUUCCUACAAUGAUAACACUGAGGUACCUCGUAAAUCACGAAAACGAAAUCCAAAGCAGAGGCCGGGGGUCAAACGACGAGAUUGUGAAGAAUCUAAUAUGGAUAUAUUUGAUGCCGACAGUGCCAAAGCACCUCACUAUGUGCUUUCUCAGCUUACCACGGACAACAAAGGCAACUCAAAAGCUGGAAAUGGAACAUUGGACAGCCAAAAGGGAACUGGAGUAAAGAAGAGUCCUAUGUUGUGUGGACAGUAUCCGGUUAAAAGUGAGGGGAAGGAGCUGAAGAUAGUGGUACAGCCUGAAACCCAACACCGAGCCCGGUACCUGACAGAGGGCAGCCGAGGCUCCGUAAAAGAUAGAACACAGCAAGGCUUUCCUACGGUGAAGCUGGAAGGUCAUAAUGAGCCAGUGGUGUUGCAGGUGUUUGUGGGCAAUGACUCUGGUCGAGUAAAGCCACACGGAUUCUAUCAGGCCUGCAGAGUGACCGGGCGAAACACAACUCCGUGCAAAGAAGUGGACAUCGAAGGCACCACUGUGAUAGAGGUUGGCCUCGACCCUAGCAGCAACAUGACGCUGGCAGUGGACUGUGUAGGAAUACUGAAGCUGAGAAAUGCUGAUGUUGAGGCCAGAAUUGGAAUUGCUGGUUCUAAGAAAAAGAGCACUCGUGCCAGAUUGGUUUUUCGAGUUAAUAUCACGAGGAAAGAUGGCUCUACUCUGACAUUGCAGACACCUUCUUCCCCAAUUUUAUGCACUCAGCCAGCAGGAGUUCCUGAGAUCUUAAAGAAAAGCUUGCAUAGCUGUUCAGUGAAAGGAGAGGAAGAAGUGUUUUUAAUUGGGAAGAACUUUCUGAAAGGAACUAAAGUUAUUUUCCAGGAAAAUGUUUCUGAUGAAAACUCUUGGAAAUCAGAAGCUGAAAUUGACAUGGAAUUGUUCCAUCAGAACCAUCUUAUUGUGAAAGUUCCUCCAUAUCAUGACCAACAUAUAACUUUGCCUGUAUCAGUGGGAAUAUAUGUUGUGACCAAUGCUGGAAGAUCUCAUGAUGUUCAGCCAUUUACUUACACUCCAGAUCCAGCUGGUGCUUUGAGUGUAAAUGUGAAAAAGGAGAUAUCUAGUCCAGCAAGACCUUGCUCUUUUGAAGAAGCCUUGAAAGCAAUGAAAACGACUGGCUGUAACGUAGAUAAGGUAACUAUCCUUCCUAAUGCCCUGAUCACUCCACUCAUAUCGAGCAGCAUGAUUAAGACUGAAGAUGUUACUCCAAUGGAAGUAACAUCAGAGAAAAGAUCUUCCCCAAUUUUUCAGACUACAAAGACAGUCGGAUCAACCCAGCAAACUUUAGAAACUAUUUCUAACAUAGCGGGAAAUGCAUCCUUUUCAUCACCAUCAUCUUCUCACUUAUCUCCUGAAAAUGAAAAUCAGCAGCAGCUUCAGCCCAAGGCAUACAACCCGGAGACUCUGACAACUAUCCAAACGCAAGACAUCUCACAGCCAGGGACUUUUCCAGCGGUUUCUGCUUCUAGUCAGCUGCCCAGCAGCGAUGCACUGCUGCAGCAGGCGGCACAGUUUCAGACAAGAGACGCUCAGUCCAGAGACACAAUGCAGUCAGACUCAGUGGUUAACUUGUCACAGUUGACUGAGGCACCACAGCAGCAGCAGUCCCCACUGCAAGAACAAGCACAGAUACCAUCAAAUAUUUUUCCGUCGCCAAAUAGUGUGAGCCAGCUCCAGAGUACUAUUCAGCAGCUGCAAGCAGGAAGUUUUACAGGCAGCACUGCUAGUGGCAGCAAUGGAAGUGUUGACUUGGUCCAGCAGGUUUUAGAGGCACAACAACAGUUAUCGUCUGUUCUGUUUUCUACUCCAGAUGGUAAUGAGAAUGUUCAAGAACAGCUGAAUGCAGACAUUUUCCAAGUCAGUCAAAUUCAAAAUAGUGUAAGCCCUGGAAUGUUUUCCUCAACAGAGUCUGCAGUUCACACCAGACCAGAUAACUUACUACCUGGGAGGGCCGACAGCGUCCAUCAGCAGACUGAAAACACACUGUCUAGUCAGCAGCAGCAACAGCAGCAGCAGCAGCAGCAACAGCAGCAGCAAGUGAUAGAGUCUUCAGCUGCCAUGGUGAUGGAGAUGCAGCAGAGCAUUUGCCAAGCAGCAGCCCAGAUUCAGUCAGAACUGUUUCCUUCAGCUGCUUCAGCAAAUGGAAGCCUUCAGCAGUCUCCAGUUUACCAGCAGCCUUCUCACAUGAUGAGCGCCCUGCCUACCAGCGAGGACAUGCAAAUGCAGUGUGAAUUGUUCUCUUCCCCCCCUGCAGUUUCUGGAAAUGAAACAUCCACCACCACCACACCGCAGGUGGCAACCCCCGGCUCUACUAUGUUUCAGCCGCCAAAUUCAGGCGAUGGAGAAGAAACGGGAGCACAAGCAAAACAGAUUCAGAGCAGUGUCUUUCAGACAAUGGUCCAGAUGCAGCACAGUGGGGACAGCCAACCUCAAGUAAACCUCUUUUCAUCUACAAAAAACAUAAUGAGUGUUCAGAGUAAUGGUACCCAGCAACAAGGGAAUAGCUUGUUCCAGCAGGGGAGCGAGAUGCUGUCACUUCAGUCUGGGAGCUUCUUGCAGCAGUCUUCUCAUUCCCAGGCUCAGCUCUUUCACCCUCAGAACCCUAUUGCUGAUGCUCAGAGCCUUUCCCAGGAGACUCAAGGUCCAAUGUUUCAUAGCGCCAAUCCCAUCGUCCACAGUCAGACUUCCACAGCAUCCUCCGAACAGCUGCAGCCUUCCAUGUUUCACUCGCAGAGUACCAUUGCUGUACUACAGGGCUCUUCAGUCCCUCAGGACCAGCAGUCACCCAACAUAUAUCUUUCCCAAAGUUCCAUCAGUAAUCUUCAAACUAACACAGUAGCCCAAGAAGAGCAGAUUUCAUUUUUUUCAGCACAGAACUCAAUUUCUCCACUUCAGUCAACAUCAAACACUGAGCAGCAAGCUGCUUUUCAACAGCAGCCUCCAAUCUCGCACAUCCAGACCCCUCUUCUUUCCCAGGAACAGGCACAGCCCUCUCAGCAAGGUUUAUUUCAGCCUCAGGUGGCCCUGGGCUCCCUUCCUGCUAAUCCAAUGCCUCAGAACCAGCAAGGCCCAAUUUUCCAGACACAGCGCCCAAUAGUUGGCAUGCAGAGUAACUCUCCAUCCCAGGAGCAGCAGCAGCAGCAACAGCAGCAGCAACAACAACAGCAGCAGCAGCAGCAGCAGAGCAUUUUAUUUAGUAAUCAGAAUGCCAUGGCUACAAUGGCCUCCCAGAAGCAGCCACCACCAAACAUGAUAUUUAGCCCAAACCAGAACCCGAUGGCUAGUCAAGAGCAGCAGAACCAGUCAAUUUUUCACCAGCAAAGUAAUAUGGCCCCAAUGAACCAAGAGCAGCAGCCCAUGCAGUUUCAGAAUCAGCCUACGGUUUCCUCACUUCAGAACCCAGGUCCUACGCCAUCUGAGUCACCACAGACCUCCUUGUUCCAUAGUUCUCCUCAGAUCCAGUUGGUUCAAGGGUCACCUAGUUCUCAAGAGCAACAAGUAACACUCUUCCUCUCUCCAGCAUCCAUGUCUGCAUUGCAAACCAGUAUAAACCAACCAGACAUGCAGCAGUCUCCUCUUUAUUCCCCACAGAACAACAUCCCUGGAAUCCAAGGAAGCACUUCUUCACCCCAGCCACAGGCUGCUUUAUUUCACAACACUACAGGAGGCACAAUAAACCAACUACAAAAUUCUCCUGGCUCAUCUCAGCAGACUUCAGGAAUGUUCUUAUUUGGCAUUCAAAAUAAUUGUAGUCAGCUGUUAACUUCUGGGCCAGCUACAUUGCCAGAGCAGCUGAUGGCCAUAAAUCAGCCGGGCCAACCACAAAAUGAGGGCCAAUCUUCUGUGACAACACUUCUUUCUCAGCAAAUGCCAGAAUCUGCCCCACUGGCCUCCUCGGUGAACAACAGUCAGAACAUGGAAAAGAUCGAUUUGCUUGUUUCGUUGCAAAGCCAAGGGAACAAUUUAACCGGCUCCUUUUAGUGAGAUAUAAAUUCCCUGAAGAAAGUAAUGGUGAUUCCAAGAUAUCCUGAGAACUUGUGGCUCCAUGAAGAUUAUUAAACCAUUAUGAAGAACGACAUCUGAGUAAAUGGAUAGAUUUCCUGACUGUAAGAAUGCACCCAUGCUGCCUGUUGCAGUGAUUUGCCACCAAUGUGCUUUUCGUUUCUAAUAACAGUGAUGACUGAGAGUCUGUGAUUUUCCAGCUGACAGAGUUGUUGCUUUUGUCCUCUGUUUUUAAAUGCAAGGCUGGCCUCUCAGUUAUUCUUGCUAUUAGGAAAUCAUAUUUGUCAUGUUUACUUACAUUCUUACUUCCCUUCCUGCAUUAUUUUAGUCAAGUAGUGGCUUAGGACAAAGUAAAGUUCAGUGUGACUAAGGCUGUGCUUUUGUUGAUGUAAAAUAAAGACAUGGCUGUUGGCCAAAGUGAAGAAUUUCUUUCAGUUUUCAUGGAGAAGCUGAAGCAGUAAUUGACUGAAAAGAAGCUGUAUUAAGAACUCUGCAGAUACGAGGACUCCUCCUCAUACACACAGGCAGAUGACAUGCUUACAGCCUGGGUACAGCUGGUGUGUUACUGAGUUCAUUGUUCAGAGAGGUGUUAGUUCUCUGUAUUUCUACUAAGGGAUUUAGCCAUAACUGCAUAAAAAUAUUUUGUUCUAUGAAAAUGAAGGGGGUGAUGUGUGACGUGUUACAUUUGCAUAUUCUCCUCCGGCAGUUUAAACUGACAGUACUUCAGUCUGUUUUCUUACCCAGCGUUAGGCUAGUAUUCCCUUCUUAUAUGCCUCACCUGUACUGUUGUUCUCAUUUUUUUCUUUUUAGCUUUGUUAUUAUUCUACUGGCUUUAUGACCCUGUAGUAAUUAGAGAAGGCAGCCUCGUUGACCCAGUGACCUGGCAGUCAGCAGCACAGGGCCAGGAAUGCUCCUUCAGGAGUUAUUGGGAUUUGAUUCCCGGGAAAAAACAGUUCUCUUUUUUCUUCCAUGAACGGUGCUGUUCUGAAGUCUCCAAAAUUCUCGCUUUGAUGAUAAAUAGUACAAAUUUUAAUUUUACAGACAAGACAGACAAACAUUUCUCAAACUAUGACUUCUCCCUGAGCCGCAGUGACCAUUCACAGGUCACCUCAGUGCUUUACAGUUGAAGUGGUCACUGACUUGAUGGUUUCCACAGCCUUGGGCUUUACAGGGUCAUAUCAUUGAUUUCACAGGAAGAAUUUACUUGUGUUACAUCUACAGAGAGCAAAAUUACACACUCCAGAACUUGCAUUUGUAGCAUUAGCUGUAGAGUUUUGGGUGUGCUGCCACCCAUGGGAUGCCUGCUUCUCACUCCCACCCACACCCGGACACGUGCUUAGGUCUCCUCUAUCUUUGGCAUGUGCAAAGUGUCAAUGCAGCAUUAGGCCGUCAUGUAUGCAGCUUCCGUAUGUCGAUAUGUUUUGGUUUCCUGUUUAAUUCUUUUACUUUCUAAGCUUUUAAAAAUUACCAGCUCAUGGUUGUUGCCUUUUUCCUUAGUUUUCCUAUCUUUUUUUUUUUUUUUUUUUUUGUCUCCCCCGUCCUACAUGGUGUGGAGCUGUGGUGUUGGUUUAGUUUAUAUAGCCAGAUCCCCCUUUGUGACUCUUCCUUUGUUAUUUGUCUGUGGUUCUUGUCAUUUGCUUUCUCUUUGUCCUUCUCCCUCUGCCCUGGCCCUUCCUUUCUCUCUCUGAGAGGCAUUGGAUUACGUUUUCAGUAGUACAGGCUUCUUGCCAAUAUGAAGGGAACUUUCCAGAAAGAGACCUACUCUGGUCAUUUAAUUUUGAAAACAGUUUUCAAUCGUUCAAGUUUUGGAUGGUUUAUAUCUAAUGUGUGUUUCAUUUUUUUGGAAAGCUAUAUUUUAUAUUUAGGAAAUGGUAUACUAUUUUGCUACUUGUACUAAGUGAGUACAUUGGCAUAAAUAUAGAAAUUUAUAUAUAUAUAUAUAUACAUAUAUAAACUAUUCUUUUUUGCCACACAUUUUUGUGGUAAAUUUGUGAGUUUGUCUGAUGUUCUACCACAACGUGGCGUCUGAUAACAGUGAGGGGGGUUUGUUAUGUCUUUCUUGAGUAUUUAAGCACCUUUUGAAGUAAAUGGCCUGUUUAUCUGUAGCCAUUCCAUCAGGCAGUUCCUCGAUGUUACUAGGGAGCUGAAGGCGACUUACUGUGUGUUUGCUGGAUCUUUCACUCAGUGAGAUGUUAAAGAGCACGGAAAUUCAUUUGAGGCAGUGUGUCAAAUGGUGUUUGACAAGAAUGAGCCACUCUGUCUUCGUUCACUAUAUAUUUAAUAUUUUAUUAUUGUUGUUGUUAAUUGGCUUUCUGUAUCCUAUGCCUUUUAUUUAUAAAGACACUAAAAAAACCAUGUUUGUAAUUUUAAUAACAUCUCCCCAUCUUUUAAUAUCCAGAGCUACUUUAUAAAUUCUCUAAGCCAAAAGUAUUUUCCUUGAUAUCUUCCUUCUCCCCCAGUUCCUAUAGGGAAAAAUCACCCAACAUAGUUCGGGUUACAGUAAGAGUCAGCCACACAAUUCAGUGCUUCAGUUUGAAAAGGUAAAGUGGAUGCCAGAGUGUUGUCUGAAGCGUCAUAGAGAGCAGACCUAGCAGACGUUAGGAAAACAGAAGUCAAAGUUUAAAACCAUUUACUUCUGAGUUUUCCGAAUUAUUUUCUGAGAUCAUGUAGGUGACUCAGGAAAUCUGUUUGUUCACCAAGAUCAAAUUAAAAUGUUUGAUACUACCAUGCUGUAGAUGAAGUGGCAGCAAGAAGUCUGGCUUGUGUGGUGGCUUCUGUUCGUUGUAUACUCGCAGCUUAUCCUUAUAAAAUGCUGAUUGGCAAUGCCAAGUCACCGGGACCAAUUUCUGUUUUAUAAUGUUUAAGUUUAGAACAGAACAUCACCUGAACUGUAGUGCUUUGAGUGGAUGGAGGUAGAAACCCCCACUUCAGUCUCAUCACUUGUGUGGUUAUUUAUACAAGGGCUGUGCUGUGCUACCUAUUCCUGCUCAAUACGAUGGAGUUUGUUUUCUUACAUUGUUGAUUGUUCCUUGCCCCUAAAGGUCCAUGUUAAGUACAAUGUUCUGAAUAUAUGAUUUUGUUACAAAAAGUGUUUGUCGUCUUAUUGAAGAGUUAGCUCAGUGGUUGAUAUUUGUGCUAAGAAUGCAGCUUCCCAGUUACUGUUACAAGUUACAGCUGCCAAUGGGAAGACUCAAUGAGCCAACAAAGGCCUUGGAAAUCAUGAUUUAUUAAAUUUAUAUCUGGCAGAAGGACCUAAAUAAACUGUGAACUACAUUUUAUUCCUUUGUUACAUUUGGCUCUUGCUUUCAGCAAUUCACAGAAAUGCUUGGAGCUUUCUCUCUCUCUCUCUCUCUCUCUCUCUCUCUCUCUCUUCUCUCUCUCUCUCUCUCUCUCUCUCUCUCUCUCUAUCUCUAUCUCUCCCUCCCUCUCUCCUUUCUCUUCUAAUCUCCCUCUCUCCCUCCUUCUCCACACACACACCUGUGUGUGUGUCUUGUCAUUUCACACCAAGGAGAAGACAUUAGACACUUUGUUCCUAAGCUUUGCUGUGGGCUUUUCUGAUUCUAGCAUCAUAUUGUUAUUUGGUAUUUAGCCAAUGUAGUCCUACCUGUCUUACACCAUCUCCUUAGACCAAGUGUUUAAAGGGCUUUUAUUAUAGAAGCAGUAUUAACAAGAGGCCUCUUCCCCUCCCUCCCAUUCUCCCAUCCUUCCUUGCCCCCUCUUUCUAUAAUAUUGUGUUAUAGUUUAAAAUUGCAUUAUCGUAGAUUUAUUGCUUAUCAGAAUUUUGACUAAUGUACCCAGAAAAAAAUAGAAGGAAGAAAUUGUGCAUUUGUCCCUUCAGAAUGAAAGGGAUAAUUCCUUUUGACCAUUUUGAAUGUCUGUUUUUAUUUUUUUCGGCAAAGUUGCACUAUGCUGCCCAAGUCCUGGGCCUGCUGGUAUGAAGCACCUUACCUGGACCCCUUUUUAAACCAGUAUAAACGCUUGUUUUGGGAAAAUGAAACCUGUCAGCAAAUAACCACAACUGAAUAAUUCUCUUUUUUAAAUUAUUUUUGUAUUUUUUCUGUCACUCUCUUCAGACACACCAGAAGAGAGCAUCAGAUCUCAUUACAGAUGGUUGUGAGCCACUAUGUGGUUGCUGGGAAUUGAACUCAUGACCUCUGGAAGAGCAGUCAGUGCUCCUAACCGCCGAGCCAUCUCAUCAGCCCCUGAAUAAUUCUUAAAUUCAGCAGAGUUAUACUUAUUUACAGGUGUUAGCCUGAGAAUUUUUCAUUUCCUAGUAAAAUUUUUUGUUAUCUCUAUUUUCUUAUUUUUAACUAGUUGAAAGUUGUGGAAGACUUGGUGACUUUACUCUGCAUCUCUACACAGGCUCCAUCUCUAACUGAGAUGCCGUCUUAUGUCUGCUUUUGGUUACCUGGAGGGGCUCAGUGAAAAGAAAACUGUAAUUCAGUAGACAUAUUAGAGAAAUAACCCAGGCCGGGGGUGUGGCACAGAGGUAAUGAGUUUACAUAGCAUGUGCAAGGCCCUGAGUUUGAUCCCCAGCACCACCAAAAGGGAGGGAGGGAGGGAGGGAAGGGGGAGGGAGAGAGAGAGAGAGAGAGAGAGAGAGAGAGAGAGAGAGAGAGAGAGAGAGAGACACACACCUUGGGCAUACACACUAGCAAGAGGAGUAGCACUUACACAUCCAUCACAUAGACUGAGAGCUUUCCCCUUCUGCUUGCUUUUGUCAUUAGAACUAAACUGUGGAGGUGACAUUUCAUGAUGCAGGAGAUUGACUCUCUACAGUAUCAUUUUCAAAUUGUCCCGAUACCCUAAUUACUUUUUAACUAUUUUCUUGUCAUUCUAAGCCUCAUAUAUUAAUAAAAUUCUGUUUUUACUGCUCUUGCUUUUUCAGGCAAAUUUUUACAUUAAUAUUUUAUAUGUAGAUGAAAUGUUAUGGAAAAGUGCCUUUUUACCAUGCCAGUGCCCCCUUCUUAAAACUCCACCUUCCACUAUUGCCAAAAGUAUGCAAACAACUGGUUUUAUCAAGUCCUAACUUGUACUUUUCCCGUGUGGCCAUUCUUUUCUUCAUUUCUUGGUCACCAUAGAAGAUGGCUUUGUCGUUCCUUUGACUUAAAAGUAACAGAGAAAGUGCUUUGGCAGAGUAGCUUGGGUAAGCAAGUGCAUACUGUUUAGGCUUGUAUGAAUCAAGUCUCAUUCUCUCAUCCCAACAAAUUAUAGAUGGGUCUCACCUGAAUAAGAAUAAAAAUGUGUCUGUCUGCAAGACUUCAUGCACAAAAAUGUGUGUUAAAUGUUAUAAAGGCACUACUCACAGCCUCUUCUCUGAUCCUAAUUAGCUGGGGAGAAGAGCAGUAUCUAAAACAUAGGUUUUAUAAGGCCUGGGGGUGACAUUGAUUUUUUUUUCCCUAAUUAAAUGUGGCAAAGUAGUUUAUUUCUUAUCUAUCAGAACUUAAUUGACUUUGGAAAACUUAAUGUCACAAAACCCUCAGAAGUCAUUUGAGUUGAGGGAAAGCUAAGGUCUUGGUGUCAGAUACCACUGGGUUUUGUCCAUUUUGUUUCUGAUCUAGCUCUUUAUGGUGGUGCUUGAAGAAAGGAACAUCAGUGACAAAGGACAGUAGUAACUUAAACUCUGGGCAGAGCUGUGCUCCCCAUGCAAGUAUGUUUAUAGCUGUUGGUGGGCUGAAGAUGGCAUGCUUAGGCAGUGUUUUUCAUACUCUACUGUGCACUUUAAUCAUUCCAAAAAAAAACAAAAAAAAACAAGAGUACAUCUUAACUAUUCAGAAUACUGCACAUUUAUUCCAGAUAGAUGGCUUGGUGUGUAAGGUGCCUGCUUAUUUAAAGUAACUUACAAUAAGUGUGAAAUUGUUAUUUUCUAAAGGACUUAAGACCUUGAAAUGUAGCUGUAGGAAAAUGACUACAUUUUGCAGACCAUUUUAGAAAUAGUAAAGUGACUGACUGAUGAGUGUGUUGGAGAGCUACUUAGAACCAUUCCCCUUUCUGUGUAUUUUAUGUCCCUUAUAUAAGAAUGCUAUAGUGUAUAGUUUCUACUUGUGUGGUUUAUGCAAACUAAUAUGGUCCUCCACCCCGCAGCUAGCAUCACUAUGAACCGGAAACUAGUUAGACGUGCACGUUCUUGGGCGUUAGCCCAGGCAUACUGAAUUGGAUCUGAAGUGAGGCCCUGCAAUCUAUCUGUCUGCCCUAAGUCCCAGGGGAGGCCAAUGCACCCCUAGUUUCAGAGUCACUGAUCUGAGUUCUUAUCUAGUGAAAGCUAGGGAAUUUUUUCCCUACUCUUGAGAUAAUUAUUUCUUCUUUAUGUAUGUUCAGCCUUAACUGGUUAUCUGUGGUCAUUUAUCAACAAUAAUUUAUUUACAGUACUGCCUAAGAAAUGCAUGUGUUUUAUGUAUAUACAGUAUAGUUAUUAAUAAUUCAUUUAACUUCAUUUGGCAUUUCCCUGCCACUGACUAAAAAGUUUACAUUAACUGACUGAUUUCAAUAUAUAGGUGCAAUGUUCUGAAUUUCUUUAAUUGUUGUGACAUUUACUUAGCUAAAAAUAAUUGAUGGGUGCUACAGUCUCCUGUUUAUGCAUAACAUGGGUACAUUGUGGGCAGUAUAAUACAAGCUUUCUCUUUGUUGCCUCUUAAUUUAGCAGCAGACCACGGUUUUGCUCUGGCUAGACCAGUUCUCAGAACAGAAUUGCCAUUCCAUACCAUUUUUCUUGUAUCUGAGAUCUCAGAUAGAUGGCUGGCCAGACCAACAUAGCACCUUGUUUAUUUUCUUCUCUUAAUAGAAAGGAUUCUUUUCAAAUAGCUUACUUGGCAUUUGAACACUGCAGUCAAGUGAUGGUUCUUCUUGGAACUCACACUCCAGGUGAAGUACUUAACAAAAUAAAAGGACAGCACAUUUUAUAAUGUGGGUGUCUCCCCUCUCAGUUGUGUGCAUCUUAAUAAGUACAAGCAAGCAGGGCUGUUGGUCUCCUUACAGUUCAGCACUUCCAUCAAUGAUCUUCUUCCUCUGUUUACAAUCACUGAGUUAACUCAUGAAAGAAAGAUCCACUUUUCAGAAUCAAACUCAAUGAAUACUUGCUUUCUGAGAAUCACUGCUGUCUGUCCCACACUAGCAGUGCUAAGUGGCUUACUCUACACACUGGUGCUGGAAAGUAAGUAGGCAGGCUGUUGGGACGCUGUGGAGACCCUCCCUUCCCCUUCCGUCACUGGAUCCAGAGCAUUCUACACAAUUUAUUAACCCAGGUUUGCAAUACCACCUUUAAAGAUCCUGCAUUCAACCCACGUCACCCCUGCCUGUCCUCUCUCAUUGGCCCUUCUCCUACCCAGCACCUACCCACCCAGCAGUAAUAAUAUGCAUGGUGUGUAGGGGUGGCCUAUUGUUAUUUUAGCUAGCGUGCCUCAGAAAGCUUACACUCACACAUAACCCCAGAUGCUUGAGAGUGAGUUUAGAAUCAAACUUCUGUGACAGAUAAAAACCUGUCCUGCUGAAGUAAGAGCUCAGUGAUAGGCCUUCGUAUACACAAGGCCCAAGGUAGAUGCAGUCCCCGGAACCAGAGAAAAGUGGGGAGUGGGGGUCUGCAGUGCAGUUGAACUGACUCCUUGUAUCUAGUGAAUGUACCUGUUCACCUUGUUCCCUUUAAGGAUGCGCUCCAAGUGAUUGCUGCUUUCCUGACAACUUGACUGAGUUUCACUCUCUUCUUUUCCUCCCUGUUUUAAUGAGUAACUUGGAAUAUUUCAUUAACGUGUUCUCAAGUGAUUUAGCUGCCAUUCUGCCAUUUUGAGUUUUUGUUUAAUUUUAUCUGCUUGAGCACACUGAUCAACCACUGACCUGCCUUCUUGCAUUGUCUUGCAAUGACGUAAGAGUGACAUUGUGUAUAUGGCUUUAUAGUUGGAAUUUCAGAGCACUGACACCAGAUAUUCUCAGUUUGUUCUCUGGGGGAAUUUCAUUUGCAUCUAUGUUUUUAGCUAUCUGUGAUAACUUGUUAAAUAUUAAAAAGAUAUUUUGCUUCUAUUGGAACAUUUGUAUACUCGCAAUUAUAUUUCUGUAAACAGCUGCAGUCAAAAAUAAAACAUUGAAAGUUUUCA